AUGGCGGGCAGUAUCUCGCAAGCGGGGCACGUGCCGUUCGGCACGGGGCAGGGGGAAGCGGAGGCCGCGCGGGCGGCGGUUGAGAGCGCGGCGGUUGGUGCCACCUACCGACAUGGACGCGUCGCAGCAGCCCGGCCCCGUCACCCAGUCACAUUGCUUGGCAUGCCACUGGCUGGGCAACCGCUGCUUCUGCCCUCGAUGCUCAGCAAUGCCAACGGGCCUGGACUGCUGACUGGAGGACAGUUUCAUCAACUUUACGGUCAAGGUGUUUUCCCUCCUUACUCCUACACGGCAACCUCGUGCCAAGCCCCCAGCACUUCACCGGCACAAAGAUUAGAUCCGACUCCAGUCCCUUCCACUUGGAUCCAGCAGGGGCCACUUGGGUUGCUGCCAGGGCAAGGGGCUUCCCCAGCUUUUCCAGAUAAAGGGGCUGCCUUUCCGGUACUCCAGACGCUUCCAACGGGAGCCACGUACACACUCCAGCCUGUGGCUUCUCUUCCGCCACUUCAGCAAGGGACUCAAAGCGUUGCCGCAUCCAUUGCAAAUUGUAGCAGCUCUGCAUCUUCAGUGCCGUACUCACAAGCCUGCUAUCCAACAGCCACACCACAGAGCUGUUCAGCAGCAGCCCACACAGAUCCUCUGGCUGGCUGUGCUGGUCCUACUGCUUCAGCGUGCACCCACGACAGCUUUGUCCAGAAUCCUCCAAUGCAGUCAUCUUAUGAAGCUGAACUGAUGCCGUCUGACUGGCUAUGUAAUACAUCUGAAGAAAACAAGAAGGCAGAAGUCAGUCUUGAAGCCAUGUUUCAGGUUGCCGCUGAGGUGCAUUCAUCAUGCAAAGCUGAAAAGGUGGGAGUGGCACCUGUAGAGAGCCAGAAUUCAAUCCUGGAGCUUAAUGGAAAUCAGGCACUGCCUGUUAAUAGUUACACACCUUCUUCAACUGAGGAAAGCCAGCUGGAAUGUCUCGCUCCUGUAACUUCAGACACGUCAUUUCUGGUGGCAGCAGAUCGAACACUGAAUUUGUCUCCAUUACAGCCUUCUGACAUUCUUUGUGCUGCCGAUACCACUCUGUCUAUAGAAACUGCUGCUGCUGCUAAAAUACUACAAGAACUUCUGACCACACAGGAAGCAGAUGAAGAACGGAGCAAAGAACCACAUCACCGCGCAGCUGAGUUCUCCCUCAUGAUUUUUCAGGAAGAAUUGUUCAGUCCAGAGCAGCUUGACGCCUUCACUGAAGUUUCUAGAUCGGAAAUCAUCAGCUGGUGCAAACCUCCCAUUGUUGCUUUCAGCCAGCGUUAUAAAGAUUAG